UGUCACGCCGCCCUCCCCGCCCCUCCGCCGGGGGUGUGGGAGCGCAGCCGAGCGCGCGGCAGAGGGCCGGGCGCGUGGGGACGCGGGCGUGCGGGGUUCCGGGCGAGCCGCGCCGCACCCGGAGCGCGCUGGCCGCCUGAGCUCGGCGCGGAUCCCAGUGCCCGGAAAGCCGCCCGCCACCCGCCCCCUGUGCAUUGGGCGGCAGCCCCGGCCGCGGCAGCCCGGCUCCCGGGGAGGGGAGCGCGCCCGGCCAUGGAGCCUUCGCACAAGGACGCCGAGACGGCAGCGGCGGCGGCGGCCGUGGCGGCGGCGGAGCGGGGGGCGUCCUCGUCCAGCGGGGUGGUGGUGCAAGUCCGCGAGAAGAAGGGCCCCCUGCGCGCCGCCAUCCCCUACAUGCCCUUCCCGGUGGCCGUCAUCUGCCUCUUCCUCAACACUUUCGUGCCGGGACUGGGGACGUUCGUCUCGGCCUUCACCGUGCUGUGUGGCGCCCGCACGGACCUCCCGGACAGGCACGUGUGCUGUGUCUUCUGGCUGAACAUCGCCGCGGCCCUCAUCCAGAUCCUCACGGCCAUCGUCAUGGUGGGCUGGAUCAUGAGCAUCUUCUGGGGCAUGGACAUGGUCAUCCUCGCCAUUUCCCAAGGCUAUAAGGAGCAGGGCAUCCCACAGCAGCUGUGAGCCCGGGCGAGCCGCUGAGAAGCCCGGUGCCCAGGAGGGCCACGUCAGGCAGCGGCCGGCCCGGGGUCUUCACGUGUUCUCUUCUGCCGCUUCCUGGGUUUGGAGUGGAAAGAAGGGGAUUUGAGAAUACUAUUUAUUUUGAAAACGCACCUGCUUUUCUCAGCAGGCUCUGAGAGCUGCCAGCUCCUCCUGCUGCUCCAGAGAGUCUUGUAGCGCAGACGCCCAGAGGGCAUCUGGGCUGGGUGGGGAGUCGGGUGGAGGUGGGAAUGCUGAUGCAAGAAGCUGGAGCACCCCAGGCUCGGGCCGCCUUGCCUCGUCCGCUGCCCACCGUGCGGACGUGCGGGGUGGCCAGGCCAGGCAGCAGUGACCCCGUCCAGGCGAGCAGGGCUCGUCAAGGGGCAGGACUGCGGGGGACACCUCCUCCAGGCCCCUGUGGGAGUGGUCUCCUGGGGGCAACACCGGGGUGUGAGUAAGGAUAGACAGAUUCCUGCCCGGUGUGGAAAAGCCUGCUGUGCCCUCAGCUGUACGCGGGGACGGGUCCCUACGGGUGUCUGCUGGCCCCAUGGCCGCCCCCAUCUCCUCACCACUGAAGUCUCCAGGUCUGGGCGGAUCUGACUUUUGUUUCCCUGGGAAGGAAGGCAGUGGCCCCAUUCCUGGGGCAAAACUGCUGGAAUUGCCAAAUGUUCAUGUACACAUUCACCAACCCAGGUCUGCGUGGGCAGCCUUCCCCAUCAUACUCAACACUGUCUGGGGCCCGCACUCCUUUCUCUGAAAUCCUUAGGGCCGACAGGUCUCUGACUUCACACGUUUUAGAUCUGAGGAAGAGAAGAAGAAACGUUUGCCAUCCAUUCGUGACAGCCCAGCGGAGUCUAGACCUGCUCACACCGUGAAACAUGGGACCAUUUCUGCAGAGGAGCAUGUGAAUAAUCAGACUUACUAGGAUCAAUAAAACUGUAAAUAGCUUCGCCUCAGUACAGGUCAGAUUUUGCCACUAAAUACGUAAGGGGAGAAAACUCACCAUUUGCGAGCUUUAGGGGUUUUAGAAUUGCAAAAAAAAAAAUAAUAAUUGCAGGGGGUGGUGGAUCCCUCUCUGAAAAUCCUUCUUCGGCAAAAAUCCUGCAAACAGGCAUUCAGGCGACCUCGCUGGUGUUACACGGGGAUUCCUCCUGUUGCAAAGGGAUGAUCGGGCCCUUUGUGACACCUAAGAGAUUGUUACAGAGCCACAACCACCAGAAGAUGUCUGAUUCAAGAUCAAUCAGCAAUUAAGAGAAAGGAGAUCUAAAUGACGGUGACAAGGUAGACAUUCACAUGCCUGCUUUCUUGUCAUUUUCAUUCUAACGUAGGGGUUGUUAAAAUGUGGGACUGGCCCAAAGCCAAGUUUCUAGCCUCACUGGACUUUGUGCCAUUGGGUGUGUUUCUCUGCAAGGGGCUUUUCCUAUCUAUCAGGGACUCAGUCAGAAUUUGGCCAGGGAUGGAAGAGUGGCCUGUGGCACUAGUGGUAAAGAAUCCACCUGCCAAUGCAAGAGACAGAGACGCAGUUUCGAUCCCUGAGUUGGGAGAAUCCCCUGGAGGAGGACACAGCAACCGACUCCAGUAUUCUUGCCUGGAGAAUCCCAUGGACAGAGGAGCCUGGGGGCUAUGGUCCAUAGGGCCACAGAGAUUCGGACAUGACUGAAGCAAAGGAGCACAGAAGAGCGGCCUUUUCUGGUCGUUUUCCCCUUAAUGGAUGGGAAGGCUUGGGGAACCGGCAGCUGGGCAGGCCCCUCGCCCCACCGUGAGCCCCUCUGGGGGCCACUGCAUGCUUAGUCUCUGUUCCUGGACUCUCCACCUGGGGCAGUGGCCCACCCACCCCAUCCACCGAACUUUCUAGUUAUAGUCCUGCUGAGAGGUAGGUCUCAGGCUCCCUGUGGCCUGGACAGCAAACCGGCAUCCUUGAAGAAAUGGAAUUCCCUCAGCCACUUGCUGCCCCCCACCUCCACCCCAGGCCCCGACUCAGAGGUGGGCUCUCCGCUCCUCAGCCUGAUCCUACCCGCCUCCCACCUCCCCAUCCAUCCCUUGGUUCUGAUGAGCUGCCUGGGGCCAGGUUACAUGUCCUGGACGCCUGGCAGUGUCUGUCUCUUACCCGUCCUUUCUUCCUGGCCCCAACCCAAGCCUUUGCAGCUUCUUUCAUGUUUGAAAGCCUCUGUGUUGUCAAGGCGUGGGCUCAGAUUUGGCUUUAUCCAGAAAGUCAGAACCUUCCGCUGUGAAAAGACAGCAUCUCCGGGCCAAGAGGAGAGCAGGCUGGUGGCUGGUUGCUCUCGAGGAAGCGGCAUCGGCGUGUGGAGCCUCCCCUGGAGUCGGAUAAAAACAGCUCCAGCGGAGGGAAGGGAGGCCAGCCCACAGCCCGUCACCCCCAGACAGCUCCCCUGAGUUUGCAAUGACAGAUAUCAGGUGGGGGCAGCACCCACAGGGAGAGGUGGGUCUUAUUUUCCUGGCAUGGCUGGGGGUGGCUGCUGAGGGGGGUAGAGAAGAGCUAGCAAUUUAUGUCUCAUGUUUAGUGACACAAUUCAGACACGGGGCGGGGGGGGGGCGUUUUCUUGAGUGACAGGUGUCACCACGAGUCCCAGUGUGGGCUGGCUUCAUGCAGGGGUGUGUGUGCCUGGAAGGACAUCUUCCAUCCCAGAUCCUUCCCUCACCUGUAGCUGCUUCUCCCAACUUGAGAACCCACCAACCUCAGGAGGCAGGCCCUUUCCAGGUAGACCUCCGCCCAUCUUCUGAACAAUGAGUCUGUGAAGACCGCCUGGCAGGCGGGUCAGCGCAAAAUAGCUUCUAAGUGAGACCACAGUCUCAGCAUCAUGUUGUCAUUAGAUAAGGAACAGUGGCCAGUGUACUCCUAGUCCUCUGAGCUGGCCGCUCAGGUUGUUAGCUUGUCCAGUCGCCAAGUCAUGUCUGACUCUUUGCAACCUUGUGGACUGCAACACGCCAGGCUUCCCUGUCCUUCACCAUCUUCCCGAGUUUGCUCAAAGUCAUGUCCACCGACUGUUAGAUGGCUGGAGUUAAUCUAUGAAGCACUGGCCAGCUGAAAAGCAGGAACCUUGUAUGAGCAAGUGCUUGGUUGACACCCAACACUCUGGUUGGGUCUUGUCUCAAGGAUGAUGGUCCAAAAACCCCAGGGUGUGUUUCAGGUCCAGCCGUCAAUCCAUCAGAAUUCCGUAGGACAUUCCUAGGCCAUGGGUGCUCGGGACAGGGAUCACAGGCACACAGAGAACCUAAUAGUGAAUGAGAAACUUGGAUCACAGUGGCAAUUCCCUCGGGCCAGAGCAGGAUCCUACAGCCAGCAUGAGCCAUCUGGCAGCCUGGGAGUGUCCUGUGGACAGUGGAGACAGUCCACCUGGAUCUUAAGAUCUGAGUCCCAGACAAGACUUCGGGAAGGGUGGGGUCCCUGUGGGAGCCACAGGGACAGAUGGCUCCUGGCGCCGAUCCAGCACCCCUCCUGCCUUCUGUGGUGCUUGGGUAACAGGCAGGAGCUACCCCGCUGUGGCCUCGAAGCCAGCCUCUUGGCUGCAUGUGAAGGGAGGGGAGGAAGGGACACAGGGCCCUCCCCUGCUGCCCUGGACCCACAUGUCUGCCCCCUUGGCAAGGACAGCCUCCAGACACUGGGCCCUUGCCAGGCACUGUGUGCUGGGUUUUCAAAUGUCAGAACUGAGGCACCAAGAGAGGAGGCCAUGGGUCCCCCAUCACACACUCAUGGCAUGGAGCUGACUUCAGUGGCCAAGAGGGAGUCCUCGGCAGGGGGUGGGUGGUGCCUGGCCCACUCAGCAGUAACAGGGCGCCAGCCUGCUGUCAGCAUCCCAGCUGGCCCUCAGACCCAUGCUCCUCGUUGAAGGCAGGCCCGAAGGGCGCCCCAUAUGGCAGUGUAAGAGAAUGGCGGACCUGAUAUGAGGGGCUGCCUGGUCCUAACAUUCAGGACCACUUCAGUUUUGUCGCUGUUCAGCUUGUCUGAGUCCCUGGGCCUGAGCUGGGGCGGAUCCCCUCCUGGGAGGAGAGCAGGCCGUGGGCUGCAGGCCCACCUCGGGAUUUAAUGACACCAGCUGUUUUUAUCGUGUUAGUGAUAUUGGCAAAGAAAGCCUCUUGCACUGUGUAAACUGCUUGGGGAUAUAGAAUUUAGAUGUAAAUUCUCCAGUUGGUGUCUGCAGGAGCUGUUCACUGUUGUUAUUCCUCCCUGUUGCUGGUUGGUUUAGAGGAUUUUCAACAGGCAGGCUGGAGGUGGCUGAGCCCUUUUUUGCUAUGUUUUUUUAAAAUUUAUUUAUUUUUAAUUGAAGGAUAAUUGCUUUACAAUAUUGUGUUGGUUUCUGCCAAACAUCAACAUGAAUCAGCCAUAGGUAUACCUAUGUCCCCUCCCUCUUGAACCUUCUCCCACCGCCCUCCCCAUCCCAAGGUGGCAGAGCACUUUUAAAGGACCAGUCCCCGCUCCCCAUAGACCAUGACCUCGUCUCUGGGAUGGGCAAUUUGAAGCAGUUGCUGACCAUUUGCUGACACACGCUCCUCCAUGGAACCCAGCCUUUGUCUCCACAGGCUCCCUGUGCCAGCUUCCUGCAGUCCUAUGUGUGGGGGCUCCCUGUUUUGCUUUUGUGCAUCAGCAAGCCCUCAGUGGGCACCAAAUGGACCAAGUAGGUCCUGAGCGUGGCUUUGGAGAAGCUGAUCAAAGGUGCUGUCUUCCUGGUGAGCAGCAUCCCAGGCGGGAUGGCGAGGUGAGUGGAGGUCAGAGAGGGGAGGCCUAGAAGAACCCAGACCAGGUUCUCCAAGGCCUAGGGCUGAGCCCCCAGAGAGUUUGGUGUGUACUAGAGGAGAUAGGAAGCCAGGCUGUCAGCAGAAGGGAGGCUGAGGUCAGCCUGAGUAGGUGGUGAUGCUUGGGGGCCUGUAUUUUUCAUCACUUUUGUUCCCUUCAGAUUCUUAGAGCUUCAGAAAGUUCUUAAACUCACAGAGCGUGAAGGAUUAUGCUCAGAUUUUCAUGGAUCCACCCCAAAUCCCAUGUGGAGAGAGGAUGAGCCCCUCUGGUGAUGGGUGGGGAAAACCCCAAACCAAGGUGACCCCAAAUGCCCCGCAAGCUUGGAGAGGGUGAGUUCCACCCUCAGCACUCUGUCUCUCCUACUGCCUUGUGCCUCAGUUUAACCAUCUGUAGCUUGGGUACAAGGAGGGGCUGGGCAGCUGUCGUUCUUCCCGUUUCUUUCAGAGCAAAGGGCUUGGAGGAUGAGCCUUGCCAGGUGAGGGACAGGGAGAGGGAGCAGCAGGCCCCAUGGACUCUUCCUAGUAAAACCAAAAUAGUGCCCCCCCUCCAAUUCCACUGUCCCUUCCUGAUCCUGUCCAGGGCAGGGAGGGGGGAGGUUGACGACAGGGUCCCACUCGUGCGUCCUGACUUCUGGUACAAGUUGUCUCUCGCCUUGGAUCUAGCUGUGAAAUCUCCAUUUCCCACCUGUCUUCCUCCCUUCCUGGAUUUGUUGAAAUGCCAACCACCCAGGCUGGUCCAGACUCCACGAUCUGCCUCCGCAUCUGCACUUUCACCCUGGAGCGAGCAGACGCACCCACACACGCACACCCCCGCCUGUGCACACACUCACACCCACACACAGCACACACGUGCACACACAGCUCCCUUCAGGCUGGGAGGAGGCAGGCCAGGGUCUGUCUGGAGACUCAGGGUUGGGAAUUAAUGUCUCCAGAGGAGCCCGGUGCCCCAUCCGGGAGCCGUCUCCCUCCAGCGUGGGCUCUGGCCAAUGGCACAUUUGUCCUCAUCACCCCCGUCCCAUGCCCAGAUACCCACGCUAUUUCUUCUCUCUCCAGGACCCCUGGUCUUGGGUCUUUUCCUCCCAGGGCCCACGGGCUCAGCAUCCCCACCUUACCAAACCCAGCUGUGCUCACCCCCACACUCAGUUUGGCCUCCUGCGGGGGGUGGGGUGGGGCGGGGAGGGUCUGCUCAGAGAGGAGGAGACAAUGGUCUCUUUCCCGGCUCUUGUAGGGCUGCAUACAACCCUCUCAUUUAAGGUCCUUUUCUGUUCCCACCUCCCCCCCGCCAGCAGCCCGGGUACAGGAACCAGUAAGAAGCGAAGGGGGACAGAGGUCACAUCUGCCCCCACUUUCUGGGUUAGCACUUGACCCCUGCUCCAAGUGGGCAGAGGGUGUUGGUGGUUGUAAGUGGCCUGGACACCCUGUGGGAGCACGUGACUGCCCCCCUACAGGCUAGGCUCCAUAUUGCUGUACAUGAUACCAUCUUUAAAAAAAAGCAACAUACAUAGAAAAAAGACUGGUUGUGUGUGUCUCGGCAGAAUUCAUAUAUGAAUAAGUGUUGUAUUUGAUUUGUAAUUUCUGAUACCAAGACUGGCUUUGUUUGGGUCUCUCUUCUUUAUGUUAGAUGAAUCACCAUACAUUUCUAUUGUUCUCCAGCAAGACCCACUCUCUGAUCUCCCAGGGCUUUCUUGUCUCACUUCUGCCCAGAUCACUGGGAGCCCACCCCACCACCACAGACUUCCCCUGGGAUCCAGUGCUCCUAUAUUUUCCAGCCCACUGCAAUGACUGCAGCCUUCCUCCCUUCUGAGAGAGGAAGAAAGCUUUAAUGUCACAGACCUAGGGAAGUUUCCAGACUUACCUUGGCCCAAACCUUGCAGCCUGGGGCCCAGCCCUGCCUGCAGCUUAGCUCCCCCAUAUCCUCAUAACCCUGCCCCCCUCCCCCACGCCCACCUUGGCGGACCUGCCUGACCGGCUGAGUCUCCACAGCGCCCUCUAGGCGUUCACUGAGGAGGGUUCCAAUUUCUCCAGCCUUCUCCUGACUUGAAAUGCGUCCUUCAAGCACCAUUACUGUACAUGUAUUGAAAAAUAUCAUGUAUGACAAUAAAAACUUGUGUACAUAUCUCCAUGUACAUAUUUAUAUAUUCCUAUUAUAAAUAUAGAAAGCAUGGCAUCUCUUUGACAUUCUUAGUUUGUGUUGUUUUUUUUUUAAAUCCCAGAAUUAUGGCUUUGGAAACCUUUUCUUCCUUCCCUUCUUUUCUAUGUAAUAAACAUUCAUGUGACCUUUCUGAUGGC